UUGACUGUGUUCGAAGCACGAUAACCUAAAAUUAUACAAGGUCAAGAUCAAUUAUUUAGUGAAAAUUAUCAUAUUUUUUCACGUCCGUCCAUCGCAGGCCGUGAAUUAUUAAUAAGGAUACCGUUAGAUAGAAAUUGUCUCGGUUGUAUUAAAAAAUAAGACGUGAAAAUGUUCAGAACUGUUAAGAAUUUGUCUUGCUCCAAAUUUCGUUAUUUAUUAAGAUUUAAUGAUUUAGGAAGUAAUUGUAUCAAUUCGAAACGUAUAGUUCCGUUUUCAACGAGCACUCUAGCGUUAAAGGACGAAAAGGUUAAAGUAUGCUUCGUGCUAAACGAUGGGAAGAGGUUGGAAGCAGAGGCAAAGAUCGGUGACACACUUCUGGACGUGGUCGUGAACAACGAUCUAAAUAUUGAGGGCUACGGGGCCUGUGAGGGUACCCUGACCUGUUCCACUUGCCAUGUGAUACUGAAGCAGGAGGAUUAUGAUAGAUUACCGGAGGAGCCCAGCGACGAGGAACGCGACAUGCUGGACCUGGCAUACGGCCUAACGGAUACGUCGCGGCUCGGUUGCCAGAUCACUCUGACCAAGGACCUGGACGGGCUGGAGAUCAUAGUACCAGAGACUAUCAACGACGCGAGAAGCUGAUGUUCUGUCUAGAUUUAUCGUUAUGAAAUAAAGUAGGCGGCAUCCGACUGUAUAAUUAAUUAGUAUUAUGUGAAGAUAUCCAUAAUGUCGAUUCAUAUGAAAAUCGAUUUUAAUUCAUUCGACAAUGAUGUUGGGAUAAAUAAGUAAUAAUAUUGACGCCAUUUUGUUGACAGCUAAGUUUUUUUGUUGGAUUGAGUUGGGCAGUAACCCUAAAGCCGAAAUCAAUGGGAAUACAUUAGAAUAAUAAUAAACGAAUUCAGUCAAAAGUCUUUUAAACAUUUUUGCGGUUCAACCUCAGCUUUAAAUAUUUAUUUUAGUUUUCGAAAUGUUAACGAGAAUGACUCCGAUUUGAUUUUUUGGAUCGCUGUUCCGUUUUAGUGCUUUUUUAUUCGCGCGCCAAUGGUCUAGAUCCAGAGAUAAAUGUAACAAUGAUAUAAUGUAACGACACCAAAAAUCGACAUGGGUAUUUUUGCAAUGAUUUUUGAGUCGCUUCCCUAUCACCAAAGAAAUAGGAACUUUUUUUUGUAUCGAUUUAACUUGCUGUCAUUUUUGAUUAUAUCGAUAUGUUAUACAAUUAGGUAAUAUAUUAAAAUAGUAAUAUGUACGUUUUUCAUUAAUGUACAAAAAAAAAACAACAUAAUUGCAACACCAGUAAGUAAUUAAAUACCAGAAAAUUAUCUUCAUUAAUUUAUCUUUAUUCGAAUUUAAUCACAUUUUGAUGAUUCAUUUAAUUAUUUAAAAAUGAACUGUUAAUGUGUUAUUUAAUUAUAACAUAAUAAUAAAAAAUAUUAGUAAGAACUCGAAUUGGGUUGCAUCCGGAUACAAUUAUUUUUUUCUACAUAAAGGCAAAGGGGUGAAUAUCCAUUAUUCCAACAUUUCGAAUUGUAAUUAAUCCUGACGUAUUAAAGACAUACAUGCAACUAUUUUAAAAAUAAAAUUACUUAAAAUGGAGCAGGAAGCAUACAUUGUAUAUACGUAUCAACUCGCUUGGUAAAUGUAGUGUAAUUGCCAAAAACCUAGAUAAUUUAAUUUAAAAAAAAAGUAUAUAUGAGAGGAAGCCACAGGAAAAUGACAAAAGUAUCCAAACGCGAAACCGUAUAAAAACUAUUUCCGUAAAAUGUAGAUUAUAAAUUAAUUAAAUGUUUUUUUGUCUGUACAUAAGAAGCGGAUUUUAAAAUGUAUGUGGGUGCAUAGUUGUUUUUUUUUAAUAGCUAUAGUAUAAUGUAACGGGACAUGGUGUUUGUUUUAUAAUUUUAAUGUGAUUAAUGUUAGAUUACAGAGAGAGUGUUAGAUUAGAAUAUCAAUGAUACUUAUACUACCUAUAAAAAUGAAAGAAGGAGUAAAAUUGUAGUUGAACAUUUUAUAACACUGGCAAUACAGAAAUGUAAAUUUUUCAAAAUGGCGUUUAGACAACUUCGAGUUUGAUUAUGAAAGGAAAUUUUACGAAAUAAUUUGAUUAAAAAACAAGAAUACCAAUCUUGUCUUUGAUAAUACCAACGACUUCUUCCACUAAUUUAGGUUAAGGAGUAAAACAAAUUUGAAUGAUAAAAUUGACAUUUGCCUUUUAAAAAAAAACAUUCUUAUUUCCCAUUUUUUAUUGGUAACACCAACUCGUCAAAGACAAAAAAAAGUCAGUUGUCAAACAGAGAAGACGGUAUCACAUAAUUACUUUAUGUUUGCUCAAUUAAAUAUAUUUGUCAAAACAAACAAAAAAUAGUUAAUUGGCGAUACAGUAAAAGCCCUUUAUUCGUGACGCUUGCAAGGCAAAAGGGACUAAGCGACAAUAACUGCUUUGUACAUAAAUGAUAGGCAAUAACCAUAUUCGAUGCGCAAAAAAUAUAUAUUUCUAGGUCUAUUAAAAUCAUUUCAA